AUGAAGGAAAGAACAGAAGAGACGGAACCCUCGCUGUCUAGGGAUAGAAGUAGCCAAGAAACACCCAAAAAGCGCGUUGCCUUGACCGGGGCAAAAAAAAAGGAGUUAUGUGAAAAAAAAUGGGAUUUUCCCUCGAUAAAAGGCCGAGAACUGGCGGAAGACUUUGGAAUUAGUGAGCAGGCUGUCUCCAAAAUUCUCAAAAGGUCUUUACAUUGGCUAGGCCUUGAAUCAGAAUCAACUGCUGCCAGAUCCAAACGUGAUCGAAAAAGCACCUUUCCCGAAAUCGAAGAAGCAAUGAUAAUUUGGGUCGACCAAAACAUUGCCCGAGAGCUUACUCUCCAAGGACAUAUAAUUCAAGAAAAAGCAAAAUGGUUUGCUGAAAGACUUGAAGAUAUUUUCAACUGUAAUGAAACGGCACUUUUUUGGAAACUUGAGCCAAGUCGAACACUCGCCCAUGGACCUGUAGCCAGAAAGAAAAAGCCCAAAGAUCGUGUCAGUAUUAUGGUAACAUGUAGUUCAACCGGAGAAAAAUUGCCUUUGCUAUUUAUUCACAAAUUUAAAACUCCGGUUGCUCUCCGAGGAAUCGAUAAAAACACUCUUCCAGUCUGGUAUUAUUGGAAUAACAAGGCUUGGAUGCAAAGAUCAGUUUUUGCCCAUUAUCUUGACCGACUUAAUACCAAAAUGCGCAGAGCCAACCGGCAUAUUCUUCUUUUAAUGGAUAAUGCCAAAUGUCAUGAGACGGAAAACCUUGAGACUCUUUCCAAUGUUCGAGUUCACUUCCUCCCUCCUAAUACAACAUCCUAUUUACAGCCGAUCGACCAAGGAAUUAUUUACAGCUUGAAGGCUCAUUAUCAACGAAUUUUAUGUCAAAAUCGACUUGAAGCCUAUGAAAUUAUUACACCCGAAUUUCCUACUCCUAGUUCACUUACGAUUCGAGAUGCGAUUGAAUUUUCUGCUACUGCUUGGAAUUCCGUGACCCAAGCUACGAUUAAAAAUAGUUGGCGUCGUGCAGGUAUACUUCCUCCUUCUACAACUUGGGACGAUGAUCUAGUAGCAAUUGAUCUCACUCUUAGUAAUGCCGAAACCGAGUACAACCACGAACUUGUAGUCCUUAUCGACCAAAUGCCACAUAUUUCUGAUCCGCUAAUCGCAGAAGAGUAUAUUCAGGUUGAUAAUCAAGCUAUGAGCGAGGAACAAAUGACAGAUGAGGAAAUUGUCAAGUUUGUAAGUGGCAAAAAGGCUCAAGAGCCAGAGAAUAGUGAAGAGGCGGAACCUUUGGUAAAAGUAAUGGAUGCUUUGGAAGGAUUGACAAAUGUGGUAAGAUAUUUGCAACAAAAUGAUCUUGUGGGGAUUGAUUUUGUAACUAUGAAAAUGUUAAAUAGUUUAAGACAUCAAAUUGUUCGAAAAAAUAUUGAAAGCAAGCGACAGUCCAGCCUUGUUAAAUACUUUCAAACCAAUAAAAUUGAUUGA